CCAAGAUCGACACCCCGCCUCCCCACCACACAUACAUUGCCCGUGCACACACACGUGCACGUACACCUGCACACAUGCAGACAGACUUUCCAUCUGCCUGCAGAUGGAAUUCAGAAAGCCUGGCCCGGGUCCAGGCAGGGGUCAUCAACCUAGAAGACCAGGUUCGGGCCCAGCUUGUGGGCAUCUGCCGGGCCCUGCCCCACCCUUUGAUAGGUGUGCACAUGGGCCUGGGCCUAGUCCUCCUCCAGGAACCCCUGCGCUUCCAGCCCAGAGCCCUGGCUGUGUGCCUCGAGGAGUCCCCAGAGAAGCCUCAGCUGCAUCUCUUUGACUGCUGGGUCCCUGGCUGGACCUUGAUCAAGGGAAACCUGGUCACAAUGCAGAAGCGGCAACUGAAUAUGGUUGAGGUCAGCAACUGUGCCCAGUAUUGGCCCAUCAAGAACUCGCUGGCCUUCUGUGUGGAGGCCAAGAAAGUGAUGGGCCAGAGCAGCUGCAAGGGAGACCUGGGAUCCCCACUGAUGUGCCGCCCAAAGCUGCACCUGGAGGAGACCCCCUGGGUACAGAUGGGCAUCCUCACCGCUUUCAAUGAGGACUGCGUUCGGCCUUACGUCUUCAGUCGCAUCGGCCCCUUCAGCCUUUGGCUCAAGGCCUCCACGAGGCCCCAGCACCCCCCCUGGGCCAGGCCUGUCCACAGGCCCACCCUCUCUUCCCUGCCCAAGCCUGAAGCCCUGGUAAAUCGGAUUUCGCUCCGCUUUGCAAUGCCCUGGCAAGCUCUGAUUGUGACCUGUGACAGGACCAUGUGCAGCAGCUCCAUCCUCAGCCCUUCCUGGGUCCUCACCUCAGCCCACUGCGUCCGGGACGUGAGAUCAGAGAACAUGGCAGUACUCCUGGGGCUGCCACAGCCUGGGGGCAACAUGACAGCUGCACGGGUGUCCAGUGUUGUCCUGCAUGAGCAGUACCAGGUGGUGAAUGGGGUCCCUUGGAAUGAUUUGGCUCUCAUCCUCCUGCAGAAGCCCCUAGGCCCUACCCAGCCCCUGGCCCCUGUGGGCCAUGUGGAGGACAUGCACAAAGCUGAGUGCUGGCUCAUGGGGGCCCGUGAACUCCGAGAGGGUGAGAGGGACCAGUACCCACAAGUCCUCCAAGUUCAGGUGAAAGAUGCUUUGAGCUGUGCGCACCUCUUCCCUGGCAUCAAGAGCUCGGUGCUCU